CAACAACCACAAGAAAAGACCGAAAAGUCUACUUUCGACGAGCACCCUUUCUCUUCCCGUUCUUUAUCACAAAGUGUGGAGACAUCUUCUUGAAUUGAAACAGGUUUAGCCGGUUGCGAGAAAACAAAGGGAGGAAGUCACAGAUUCAAUGGAGCCAGAUGAAGAAAACACCCAAGUAGAGAAAACAAGACAGAGAAGACCUCCUCUCCUCGCCCUGACUUUUGUUAGAAAAGCUACGAAUGCGGAUUCCUCGACCAGUGUCGAAGAGCUGUGCGAUCGGAUCUACGGUGGAGUGCUCAUGAAUGAUAAAAAACUGAAGUUCUGGGUCGACGAAGUUCACGACAAGAAUUGCUUCUUGUUGCUUGCUAAAGAGUUGUCCAUCAUUUGGAUCGAUUCUCCGGAGUAUUGGUGUUGGAAAAAUGACGAGAAGGAGAAAUGUUACGGCGGCGAAGUAGACGUUACUGUGGCGGAGCUGAAGACGGUAUGCUGGCUACAAAUUUCGGGCGCGUUUAAGACAAUUGUACUCUCUCCGAAGACCACAUAUGAGGUUGCCUUCGUGGUGAAGAGGAUUGCAAAUAGGAGAGGGUGGUACCUUCCGGUGAACUUAAACCUCACUCUGCCGGAUAAAACCACGCAGGGACGCAUUGAAAAUUUGGAGAAGACGCCGGAGGGAGAAUGGAAACACAUCCUUGUCGGCACAUUCGUGACGACUCCGGAGAACGUUGGUGAGAUAAGCUUUUCCUUCUCCGAAACAGGUAAUCAUUGGAAGUCCGGACUCCUCAUCAAAGGUGUUGCCCUUCGACCAAAAGAUUAAGCAUCAAGUCUGUUAAAAAAAGUUUGAAUAUGCAACAUCAAUUGAAGAAAAAGAUGAAGCGAAAGGUGUUGUGCAGUGAAGUGAUUAACAGUUAAUAUGUUUCUGUUGUUCGAUCAAGGUGAAAGUGAUUGGCAGAUGCGAUUUCUCUGUGGAAUGAAUUUGCUGGUUUGUCUUAUCUAGAUUGUUGAAAAUAUGUCUCGAAUUUGAGCCCGAAAUAUAAAGUUUCCUAAUUCAAAUAGAUUUCCUAUUUUAAA